UUUUUUUUUUGAAGAGGGGGGAGAGUUAUUUGGAAGAUGGCGCCCGUUGUUACGGGGAAGUUUGGUGAGCGACCACAGCCUCAGCGUUUGACAAGGGAGGCUAUGAGGAAUUACUUAAAGGGGAAGGAUGAUCAAACAGUUCUCAUACUUCAUGCAAAAGUUGCACAAAAGUCAUAUGGAAAUGAGAAAAGGUUUUUCUGCCCUCCACCAUGCGUGUAUCUGAUGGGCACUGGCUGGCAAAAAAAGUUAGAGAGUAUGCAGAAGGACGGCUGCACAGAGCAAGAGGCACAGCCAUGUGCAUUCAUUGGGAUAGGCAACAGUGAACAGGAGAUGCAGCAACUCAAUCUGGAGGGGAAGCACUUCUGCACAGCCAAGACGCUGUAUAUCAGUGACUCUGAUAAAAGGAAACACUUCAUGCUGUCUGUGAAGAUGUUGUAUGGGAACAGCGCAAACAUAGGAGUCGUUCUCAGCAAGAGGAUCAAGGUCAUCUCCAAGCCCUCCAAGAAGAAAACAGUCCUGAAAAAUGCAGAUUUGUGUAUAGCAUCAGGCACCAAAGUGGCAUUGUUUAGCCUACGCUCCCAGACAGUUAGUACAAGGUAUCUUCACGUGGAGGGGGGAAACUUUCUCGCCAGCUCCCAACAGUGGGGGGCCUUUUACAUUCACCUGUGUAAGUUACACAGUCAUCAUAUGUGUUGGGACGAUGAGGAGUCUGAAGGAGCGGAGUUUGCUGUUAGAGACGGUUAUCACUAUGGCCAGACGGUCAAAUUGGUGUGUUCUGUUACUGGCAUGGCCCUGCCCAGACUGGUCAUCCGCAAAGUAGACAAGCAAGCUGCAUUAAUGGAUGCAGAUGACCCAGUGUCUCAGCUUCACAAGUGCUGCUUCUAUCUGAAAGAUACAGACAGAAUGUAUCUGUGUCUCUCACAGGAGAGGAUCAUACAGUUUCAGGCCACACAGUGCUCCAAAGAGAUCAACAAAGAGAUCGUUAACGACGGGGCAUCUUGGACGAUCAUCAGCACUGACAAGGCAGAAUACACCUUUUUUGAGGGUAUGGGCCCUGUCCCCACACCGGUCACACCUGUCCCUGUAGUGGAAAGCUUACAGUUAAACGGUGGAGGAGAUGUGGCAAUGUUGGAGCUGACAGGACAGAACUUUACUCCUAACCUCAGAGUGUGGUUUGGAGAUGUGGAGGCUGACACCAUGUACAGAUGUGGAGAGAGUGUACUGUGUGUAGCGGACAUUUCUGCCUUCAGGGAGGGCUGGCGUUGGGUGAGACAGCCGGUUCGUCCAGUUACGCUUGUCCGCAAUGAUGGAAUCAUCUACUCCACUGCUCUCACCUUCACCUACACCCCUGAACCAGGGCCCCGACCCCACUGCAGUGCUGCUGGGGCGAUCCUGCGGUCACAUAGCACCUCUUCAUCAUCACCUGCGUCAUCGUCCUCGCCGUCAUCCUCUUUGGGGGCUGGGGACGGCCAAGGAGCUUAUAGCAGUAGUGACUCAGGCAUGUCGUCCGGAGGGUCGACCUUGUCAGUGCUGUCGUAGUGACACUUCUGUGUUGUGUGUGUAUUUUGUCUUUGGAUGAGUGAGAGAACAUGUGUGCAUAGACUUUCCAAAGAGGCUCACAGACUUGUGAAGAAUGCACACAAACUCUGAAACCUUCCCUCAGAAAACAUCUGAAUGAAUCCUCUCUUUAGCUCCCUCUGGGGGCUUGUUAGCGGACAAGUCAAAAGUCCCACUUUCAUAUCUAAAAAGAACCUGCCUUCACACUGUCAUAACAAAUGGAUUUGAUCGACAACCACUUUUUUUUAUAUCCCUUUGGGGUUACAGCUAUUUCACUGUUUAUCUAAUCUUUUUUUUUACGUAAUACUUGAUUCAUCUGUUGUGUGUAAGGGAAAGAUGUGUUAUAAGAGUAACAUAGUUUUAUGGACCAAGGAAUAUUAUGUAUUAUUUUAUUCUUAUUAUAUUUUAUAAGCUUUUGCCAUGGUACAUUUUGACAUGUUUUGUAUGAUUCUAUACAGUAGGUUCACUUUUGUUACCAAAUUGAAACUGUUAUGUUGUUGCCUCAACAGGGUAGAUAGGUAGAUAUCACCUUUGGUAUGUUUCUUAAUCGUCAGACUGCAGCUUUUUUCUUCUCUUCUGUCAAACUUCUCAGAUGUGUUUUGGAAAAUAAUCACCAAAUUUAGAUUGCUCAAAAGUCAUCAACACAGUUCAAAGUAUCCUAAAUGCUGUAUAACUAUUAAAGUAUAUGAUAAGGCAACAGACAAUUAAGAAUGUUCUGACAGCAGUUUUGGCUUAGCUGCUUUAUCUAGGUCACACAAUUAUAUGUGUGGAGUUACAUGUUACUCACUAUCAGUGUACUUCCGGAGACCAAGGCAUGUGUUUUCCUAUGAGUAUGCCCUUUUUCUACUGGAGUGCCUACACUGAGAAAUCUAAUCACACUCAAUCCCUUUUUACAUACUUUUCUACACGGCAACUUUAAAUUCUACAUCUAUGUUGAAUCCUACUAAGUCAAGGAACAAAGAAGGACAAAACUGAAUAACCCUAAUUUGAUGAGGACUAAGUUUUCUUUGGGUUGGUGCCUUUGUGUGGAAGGAAAAGCUUUAACAUUGUCUUUGCAUGUUGGCUAUGUUGUAAUUUAGAGUCUUGUUGAAGUCAUUUUUUUUUUUAACAUGGUGUCAGUCUGCCAACCAUUUGGACUUAUUUUAAUACAAUUUCUGUGCAACAUGGUGAAUACUUGUAAAACUUCAGUCCUAGUUUAUUCUGCGUCUUGUUCACCAGGUGGACUUUAAAAGAGAACAUUUGAAUUGACAUCACAAACUAGCCAGCAAUGACAUUUUCAGCCUACUAACCUACUUUUUAAUCAUAUUGCAUAUGAUGUUGAAGAUUUUAAAGUAACCAUCAGUGUGUGACAUUUUAAGGUUUUAUGACAAUAAUGUGAAUGAUUUGUGCCUGUGCCUUUAGCCUUCUCAAGUGAUAGGACUCUGACUUCCAGCCAUGUGUAUUUUAUCAUUACAGUGCAGAAACAUCUAUUGAUUAUCCUGUCUGGUCCAUGUUGAAAGUAUUGUGUUAAUAUCCCAUCAUGUUUAUGCUCUUUCGUGCAGUGUAAACUAUUCUGGUGCAUCAUGUUUUGAUUCACUUCAGUCCAGCAGUUUUUUGAGGAUUGACCUUUUUAUUCCAACUGAAAGUUUUGUUGUCUGCAGCAAAGGUGGAGAGAUAUAACACUUCUGGUCACUAACUGACAAGAUUCAUACGCCUUGAAUUGUUAAUCACUGUACUUUCAUACUUCACAUCUCUGAUUUAUCAUCUAUCUGUUAUGUUAGACUUUUCUUUGGGUUUCCAUUCUCUGCAGUGCCUUACUUUGAUGAUUUUAGUCAGUCCAAGCCACUAAUCCUACACAUUAUCAACCGGGCCAUGUGUGAUGUAAGUUAACUGUGAGCUAGCAUGCUAAAUCUGCCUCAUCAUGUCAUCAUGCUGGCAGCUUUACAAACAUUUCAUUGCCCUUAAGUGUCUCUCCUCUCAUAUCCUGCCUUUUGUUUCCUAGCUUGUUUCUACUAUUGUGACCCCAUCCAUCUUUUCAGUCUGCUGUAUAGCUCUUAAAUGAAUCUCUGAUGGUUCUUCUUGAGAAAGGUCAUGAAUAAAAGUAAACUGAAGCUUAAUGUGAA